UUCGGGUUCCAUACCAUCAAGUUUCGAAGAGAUGCACGGCUUGUCGUAUGUUGACAUAUCCUACAAUCACUUGGAAGGUCCCCUUCCCAACAUCAAUGCAUUUCGAGAAGCUCCGUCAGAAAGAUUGAAAGGGAACAAAGGAUUGUGUGGCAAAUUUAGAGCUAUGCUGCCACCCUGCAAUGCACAAGGCUCAAAAAAGGACCAUAAGGUCAUAUUCUAUGUUCUAACAGUAUUUGUACUUCUAUUUGCUCUCUUUACAAUUGUCUUUGUAAUAGUGCAAAGAAAUAAGAAGCAUCAAGAUACUAAACAAAACCACUUGCACGGAGAAAUUUCCUUUUCGGUUUUAAAUUUUGAUGGAAAAUCAAUGUAUGAGGAAAUCAUAAGGGCAACAGAAGAUUUUGAUUCCACAUAUUGCAUUGGGAAAGGAGGACAUGGAAGCGUCUACAGAGUGAAUUUGUCAUCUGGAGACGUAGUGGCCGUGAAGAAACUCCAUCUGCUAUGGGAUGGCGAGACAAAAUUUCAAAAGGAGUUCUUGAAUGAAGUAAGGGCACUCAGUGAGAUAAGACAUCGAAAUAUUGUGAAGCUCUAUGGUUUCUGCUCACAUAAACGACACUCGUUUUUGGUGUAUGAGUAUCUUGAAAGAGGUAGCUUGGCCUCAAUGUUGAGCAAAGAUGAAGAAGCUAAAGAGUUGGGGUGGAGUAAAAGGGUGAAUAUUGUUAAAGGUGUAGCUCAUGCCUUGUUUUACAUGCACCACGAUUGCUUGCCACCGAUUGUACAUCGUGACAUCUCAAGCAAGAACAUUUUGUUGGAUUCUGAAUAUGAGGCCUGUGUUUCAGACUUUGGCAUAGCUAAGUUUUUAAAUCCAGACUCAACUAAUUGGACUGCCGUUGCGGGCACAUAUGGCUACAUGGCACCAGAGCUUGCUUACACAAUGGAAGUGAAUGAGAACUGCGAUGUUUAUAGCUUUGGUGUGGUCACAUUGGAAAUAGUUAAGGGAAAGCAUCCAGGAGAUCUUUUCUCAUCUUUCUCAUCAGUCUCUUCAUCCUCCUACUCCUCAUCAUCAUCUGCAUUACCAGCACAUCAAAUACCAAUUGUAGAUGUUUUGGACCAACGCAUUUCCCCUCCUACGCAUCGAGUUGCAAGCGAAGUGGUCUCUCUUAUGAAGAUAGCAUUUUCAUGCUUGAAUUCCAGUCCGAAAUCUCGUCCAACAAUGAAACAAGUUUCUCAACUUCUCUCAACUCAGAGGAUGCAUUUGUCAAAGCCAUUACGUAUGAUAACAUGUGGUGAAUUGCUUGCUCUUGAUCCUUUGGCUACCUGAUCAGAAUGUGCUUCUUUGCUACACACAUUUCACUUUCUCUGUGUCUUUUGCUACACACAUUUCACUUUCUCUGUGUCUUCUUUUCAGA